AUGCUUCGGACGGGUCACGAGUGGCCGUCGUCGGAUCCGUCAAUCGAUGCGACCUCGUCCACGGUCACCAAGCAGAAGUCGCGCCAGGGUGCCGAGUCCUCGAGUCGGAAGCGGAGAUGCAUCAGCACUGCGUGCAUCGCGUGCCGGAAACGCAAGUCGAAAUGCGACGGCGCCCACCCCAGCUGCGCCGCCUGCGCCAGCGUCUAUCGUACCGAGUGCAUCUACGACCCUACCUCGGACCACCGCCGAAAAGGCGUCUACCGCGGAAAAGUGGACUGUCUCGAGGCUCGCAGUUCCACCCUGCAGGUGCUCGUAGAGGCCAUCAUCAACGCCUCAGAAGAAGAUGUGUCGGGAAUUGUCCAGCGAAUCCGCGGCUGCGACAGCCUUGACGACCUGGCCCGGCAACUCGCCAACCCUGUCCCUGGUCCGGAUGGCGACGUGGCGGCGGCGGCCGACCAGGAUGACGAGGACUGCGCCCUGGGAUUCAUGCCCAUGGAGGGAGAGAAGGACUUGGCUCGGAAGAUGGGGGAGCUCCGGCUGGAGAAUGGCCUUGUCCGAUUCAUCGGUGGCACCUCGCACCUCAUACAUGCCAACGAGUCCUCGUACCUUGGUAGCGGCGCCGCCAACGAAACCGAGUUGGAGGAGUUCCAAGAGCCCGGUGCGUCAGCGGACCAAUACUCCCCGCCUCUCACGCUCACGACCGAUGAAGCUGUCGUCACCUCCUGGACCCGAGUCACAACCGACGUCGGCCUCAUCAGCCACCUUCUGGGCAUGUACUUUACCUACCACUACGCCUACUUCACCACCCUGUCAAAGAAGCUCUUCUGGCGUGACUUUCGGAGGGGUGCCGCUGGCUUGGUGCGUGGCGAGACGGCCCAUUGCUCGCCUUUGCUAGUCAACGCCAUGCUCGCCCUGGGCUGCCACUUCACCGACGUCUCCGCUGCCUGCGCAACGCCCGGCGACUCCAGAACCAAAGGCGACCACUUCUUUGCCGAGGCGAAACGGCUCAUCCUCGCCGACGAUGAAUUUGAGAAGCCGUGCCUUGCCACAGUGCAGGCCUUGGCUCUGAUGUCUGUCAGGGAGGCCGGGUGCGCGCGCGAGUCCAAAGGGUGGGUGUAUAGCGGCAUGAGCUUCCGCAUGGCCCAGGACCUUGGCCUAAAUCUCGAGUUGGACGGGACGACGAAGCAGCGCAUCGGCGACGAUGAGAACGACGCCAGAAAGGUCACCUUCUGGGGGUGCUUCCUGUUCGACAAAUGUUGGUCCAACUACUUAGGCAGGCUGCCACAGCUUCCCAGGAGCACAUCCAACGUGUCGAAAUUUGAUGUUCUCGCCGACGAGGACCUGGCCACCUGGUCGCCCCUCACCGAUACCGACGCUGACGCCGACAAAGGCCAUCACCAGGGAAGUCAUGGUGAUUCCCGCAGGCAGCCGUGGAGAACAAGGGCGGCCGCUUUGCAGCUCUCGAGCCUGUGCGAAAUCAGCAGCGACCUGCUCAUCUUCUUCUACCACCCCAACCAUAUUGGCCGGUCUAGGGGCAAGACGAUAGAACUCAAGAAGCUCGGCGAGAUCCACCAGCGGUUGGAGGAGUGGCGCAGCAAGCUACCCAAGGAGUUUGCACCAAAGGAAGGGCAGCUGCCCAACGUGAUUCUCAUGCACAUGUUCUUCCACCUACAGUACAUCCACCUCUUCAGGCCUUUCCUGAAAUACUCUCCAUCCGUCUCGCCCCUGCCUGCGAAUGUUUCACCGCGCAGAAUAUGCACGGCCAAUGCCGAGGCCAUCUCGAGGCUCAUGCGACUGUACAAGAAGACGUACAACCUGCGACAGAUCUGCAACAUUGCCGUCUACAUGAUCCACAGUGCCUGCACGAUACAUCUUCUCAACCUACCGGAGAAGGGCGCCCGAAGGGACAUCAUCCACGGUGUCAAGCAUCUUGAGGAGAUUGCCGAGGACUGGCUCUGCGCUCGACGAACCCUCAGCAUUCUCAGCGCCCUUACGAGGAAGUGGAACUGCGAGCUACCCGACGAUGCCUCGUUUGUCCUGAGGCGGACCGAUGACAAGUUUGGUUACUUCAACACCUCCGACGUCCCAUCGUCACCCGGGUCGAGCGUUAAGGCCUCCCCGGGAAUGUCGGAUGUCGGCUUGGCCUCGACGUCGCACGGGGGCUACUCGCAUCCGCAGAUGUACAAUCCGUCGAACGACAAUGCGUCGAGGCAUCUGAAACAUGUUGCGCUACCUGCUGAGUCCACCAUCGACAUUGACCAUCGAGCAGCGAGCGUUGUUGCUGCCUGCGCCCAACAGCAAAGCCUGCCCAUGCCCAACACGGCGCUUGAAGGCGACAUAAGGCCCGAUUUGCUCACCGAGUGGAACGUUAACACUGCAAGUGCACCACUACCGGUUUCUUUGUCGCCACUCCCUCUUGUCAGCGGGGGUGGUGUGGCGGCCAGCGGCAGCAACCACCUCGGCAUGACGAGAACGGGCGCACGCGCAUACGACCAUCGACAAAUGUCGUCCGGGAAGGGGUUGAAUGUCAACGGUCAGCAAUGGAUCCUCGACGACAGCGUGCGAUGGCAACACAACUUUAAUGGCUGGGACCUCGACGGGACCACUGCAGGCAGUUCCAUGUUCGCCUUCGACGGCAGCACCAAUUGGGACGGCCGCUUCCAGCCAACUGAAUCGGAUACCGGAGACCAAGCCGCGGCCGGUUUUGACGUCCUAGGCGCGUCAUUGAGCGGCGGCAGCUGGCCACCUAACCUGGAUUGA